AUGACGUUAGAAGAGACACCAUAUGUCCUAUCUCUUCCAUCACCGCAAAAUCUGAAGCAGACAGCGACGACUACCUCCUCCUCCCCUGUUGACGACGGAGACGCCCCUGCCUUGCUCCAUCGAUCACUAGUUACUCGCCCUCAUUUGGUUGAUCAUGCCGAUGGCAGUUACCUCUAUCUCGCCGAUGGCCGCCCUAUUCUCGAUGCCUGUGGAGGAGCAGCCGUAGCUGUUAUUGGUCAUGGCAAUGCCGAAGUAAUCGCAGCCACUGCAGCUCAGAUGCAACGAACAAGCUAUAUCCACACAGGCGCGUAUACAACAACGGCAGCUGAAGACUUAGCCAAAUUUAUUCUCGAAUGUGGCACUUAUGUCGAUGGUAAGGACAGUUGCUUCGCUCACGGCUUAACUAGGGCCUUUUUUGUCGGUAGUGGCAGUGAGGCAAACGAAUCAGCUAUGAAGAUCGCGCGGCAGUACUUCUUUGAACGGGGCGAACUACAGCGACAGCAUUACGUCUCGCGCCGACAGGCAUACCAUGGGAACACAUUUGGUUCCAUGUCCAUAUCAUCGGUUCUGGGACGCCGAGUACCUUAUGAAGACGUUCUUCUGCCGAAUGUAACAUUUGUCAAUCCCGCAUUUGAGUAUCAUUAUCGCCACAGCAAUGAGACAGAAGAGGAAUAUACAGAGCGAUUAAUCCAUGAGCUGGAGGCACAUUUCUUGGAAAUUGGACCUGAAAAGAUUAUCUCCUUCAUAGCUGAGCCGGUAGUCGGUGCAACAUCUGGCUGUGUGACCGCGCCCAAGGGUUACUUUAGUGGAGUUCGUUCUCUCUGCGACAAGUAUGGUAUCUUGCUGCAUUUUGACGAGGUUAUGUGUGGUGUGGGCCGCACGGGAUCAUAUUUCGCUUUUGAACAAGAAGAUGGUGGCGUCCUACCUGACAUCGUUACCAUUGGCAAAGGAUUGGGUGGCGGAUACGUGCCUCUUGCAGCCAUGCUAGUUAACGACAGAAUCGUCAACACUCUACGUCAAGGUACAUCUGUGUUCAACCAUGGACACACGUUCCAGGCGCAUCCGACAGCAUGUUCAUCAGCACUCGCUGUACAGAAAAUUAUCCGACGGGACGGGCUGGUAUCCAGAUGCGCUGACUUGGGCACCAAAUUUGGACAGCGUCUGCGUGCUGAGUUCGGAUGUUGCAAGUAUGUGGGCGAUGUCCGUGGCCGCGGCCUGUUCUGGGCGCUUGAGUUUGUCAAGGAUAAGAAAACGAAAACUCCAUUUGAGGCGUCAGUUGGAUUUGGGACCCAGAUCCAUCAAAUGGCGUUCGACUUGGGUGUGGCGGCAUAUCCCUGUGUGGGAACAUUGGAUGGUGUUGUUGGAGAUCAUAUUCUUCUUGCCCCACCGUUCAAUAUCUCAGACGAUGAGCUCGGCAUUAUCAUCUCGACAGUUCGGCGCGCUUAUCAUGAGGUGGAAUUACACUACGACAGUGCAAUGAGAGGAGAAGUGGCAGCCUAA